ACCUCAUUGUCAUCUCCAAACAACCGAAAUCUUGUACAGUAUUCCACGGCCGCACACAACAACAGUCAGGCGCAGCCGCACGGCAGCGGAGGCAAGGCUAACCUAGCCACCGGCGGGGUAAACUCUCGGCUUCGGCGGUCCAUCCCGGGGGUUCCACCGCGCUUGUUUGGUCGGCCAUUACCAGCAUCGGCUAUGGCGUCGUCGACACUGCGCUCCGGGGCACAAGGAGAAACAGGGGUCGGCGUGCUACCUAUCGACUUGGUCUUUGAGAUCCUGAUCCGCCUUUCGGCCGCCGAGCUCUGCCGCCUCCGUGUCGUCUGUCAGCCGUGGGGAUCCCUUCUCUCCGACCCGCAGUUCAUCGCCGCUCAUGCCACCCGUCACCCACGGCCGCUCUUCGUCGCAGGCCACGGCAAAUCAGACCCUGACGAUGGCAUUCUUUGCCGCAUCAUGGACCUCUCCGGCAGGGUCAUCAAGCAGAUCCGCUCGAAAAAAGACGAGUGGCUGAUAUCCACCCAAUGCAACCUCGCCUGCGUUGCAAAAGGGACCCCCAAGCGCUGCCAGUUGCUCAACCUUGUCACUGGAGAGAGAUUUCCAGUGCCUGAAGGAUUGUCCCCGGAGCACACGCCGCGGAAGCUCGAGUUCUCGAAUCAUAAGGUUUCUGUUGCAUUUGGGCAGGUUGCCUCAACAGGGGAGUUCAAGUUGCUUCGUGUGGUUGAUAAGAAGGCCUCUGACGAAGUCCGCCGUGAACAGCUAUGCGAGGUGUUCACACACGGUGGCAGCAGGGGUUCUCCGUGGAGAGGGAAGAAGGCCGCUCAGGAUCAUGUUAAUAUGAGCCCUCUGAGCAGAGUGGCCAUUGAUGGAAUUGUGUAUUUUCUCUUGGAUGAGUAUGUGAGCAGCCGAGAUGUUCGACCAAAAGGCAUUGCAUCCUUUGACCUGCUGACAGAAGAGUGGAGGGCAAUUCUCCGAGGACCUGUAUCCAUCCUUGCUAAAGGUAGAUAUGGCGAUCUUUCUCUGGCUGCCCUUAAUGGAUCCUUAGUUUUGGUUCAUAGUAGGCCAUAUGUUUCAAUGGACCUGUGGUUUCUGAUGGACUUUGAAAAGGGCUUGUGGGUCAAACAACAUACUGUCAAAGUCAAUUUGAGUGUCCUUGAUGGAUUCCGUGCACAUCCUUUGGUGAUACUGAAGAAUGGGAGUAUUGUUAUUUAUAUUGGAUCUAGAAGAUCAUUGAGGAUUUAUAAUCCAAGGACCAACACUUAUAGAAAUGUGGCAAAGAUGGUGUCUAGUGAAGGAAUUGCUUUGUACACCGGAAACCUUUUGAGCAUAGCAAAUGAUGCCAUUUAAUGAGAAUGCCACGUCGUGGAAAAAGUAGCAAACCAAGCUAUGGCCGGACGACCGGGAGUCCGUACAUCCACAAGCCGCUUCCUAGCGGUGUUCCAGUACCUAUGUGCUUUUGUGGUGAUCCUUGCAAGGUAGAAAUUUCGGAAGACGAGGAAACCUAUCGGCAGAGGUAUUGGAUGUGUUCGAAUUUUGUCUGGGAGCCUACGCCAAAACAACGCCGCAGUAACUUCAUUACCCCUCCACCAUUGUGUGAUUUUGAGCAGUGGAUCGACACUGAGAUUAAGGAGUCCGACAAGCGGCUUCUACAAGGCCUAAAGGAGUGGGAUGCAGAGCGUGCAGAGAUAUUAGAGAAGAGACGUAGAGAGGAGGCUCAAAAGAGGGAGCACAAGGAAGAGGAGGAAAGAAGACGUGUUGUUGCGGCUCGGGAGGAGAGGGAAAAGAAGCUUGAGCGUGUGCGCCGAGCGAAGGCAGCGAUGGAUGAGAAUCCAGAUGCCCAGAGGAAGGGAAAGUGGCCUCGUUGCACUCAGUAGUUACAUUACCUUCUUGUUCUUUGUUUGGUUCAUGGACAAUAUUGUUUUGUGUUGGACUUUUCAAUUUGUUGUUAUGUAAUGCACUUUAGCAAUUUUAAUUUGGUUUCAUUAUUAGUAGACAAUAUUUUUAUUUGAGUAUUGCAUAGGCAAUGAAAUGAGGAUAAUUAGUUGAAAUAGAAGUU